UCUUCGCCUCUCUCUGUGCAAAUUUAUAUCCUUUUCUCUUUUCUUCACACCUAGGCCUUUUCCUUUAAUACAUAUAUACAUUUCCACCUACACAACUUUGGCAUGGACAAGAACAAGAGCAAGAACAAGAAGAAGCUUGUUUCCGCUUCAUCUUCGUCCUCAGCUUCUUCGUCUUUCGAUCAUAUAUUUGGUCCACGAGUCUCUUCUUCGUCUUCUUCACCGGCCAGUACUGCUGGCUUGUUCAAAUCCAUCUUCCCACCACCCUCUGCAGAUCAGUUGGGGAGGCAAGUGGAGUUUGCAAAUCAAGGUGGACAUGUGAACAAUCAAACUCCAAAUAUUGAGAGAGGAGAAAGAAGCAGAAAAAAGGAGAAAAGGAGUUCAUAUAAAGAGGAAACAGAACCACCAUGCAACUUGAGUUCGUCCCUUUACUAUGGAGGCCAAGAGAAAUAUUCCUCCACAACGGCUACCACCCAAGAUACUUACAAAAAAGAUGGAGAGGAAGGUGAUUCCAAAAGCGCAUCAAGAGGAAACUGGUGGGAAGGGUCGCUUUAUUACUAGCAAUUAGCAAUCCUUAUUUACGAAUACCUGUGAUAAGGCAAGCAAGAGACAACAUAAAACGUCUUAUCUUAAUAUGAAAUUUGAAGGGUCGCUAUAUGAUAAAAGAAAGUACAACCUAUAAAUUAUAGAAAGGUCUUUAGAAAUCAAAAGAGUUGAGUAUAUUGUCUAAACGAAGAGGGGGAUUGAUCUUGACAUGUUGUUUCAUGUUGUUUACGAACAAAUGUGCUACAAUACUAAGAGAAGUCUCUUCCUGAUGAAAUUAAUGUUUGGUUCCUUUUUAGUCAAUUAAUGUUUGUCUAAUAUAUAGUGUCUGUAAUCGAAAAAUAUGUUUGUAUAAGAGGGUCUACGUGUAAUGCUAGAUGCUUUACGAUGCAGUGGUGAUGCUAUAUGCUUCACGAUGCAGUGAUGAUGCUACAUGUGUAAUGAAUAAUGGAUAAGAG